GUCUGGCUCUAGUGUCAAGCGGGAAGCUGGCCCAAGCUCUGCUACACCGCAAAAUCCAGGGCUUGGAUGUCCAUUCAUGCCUCUGCAGUGACAACCAACAGCCAAGGACCGCACGCAGCAAGGCAUGAAAACGGCCUGUAACGGUGAGCGCAAGAAUCCAAGCCCCUCCGCCAUGGUCUAGACCAGCAUGACGACGCCUUCAAUCAUUGGGGCCCUCUGCCGGUCCCUGCUUCGGCAGUCAACCCCGCGGGCCGCAGUCGCGCCUUCCGUAUGGCCUUCCAUCAGCAGCGAUGCACGCGGGGCCUCUCGUGGUGGCUUCCUGGUGGUUGCACAGCCAAUCCGUACCUUCCACUCCGGAUUACCCCUCCCCCGCACCAGCAUAGCUGCCCCUCCGCCAGCGACCUCACGAUCCGCUAACCGCCCUCAACCAACACCUCUCGCACCGCGAUCGACUUCCUCUGUAUCUCGAUCCGUCCGCUCCACCGCCAGCUUCAGCUCCACUGUCCGUCCUCUUGGCCGGUCCCGCAACUCGGUCUCUCGUCAGCAGCAGCGUCACUGCUCCUACCGGCGAGCAAUGUAUCGCAACGGAUCUGAGGCCGCCAGUGCCAGCCACGACAUCACCCAUGGCCGUCAGGUCCUGCCCAAGAACGUGAAGCCGCACCACUACGACCUCACGCUCGAGCCCGACUUUGAGACUUUCAAAUAUGAGGGCACCGUCGUCAUCGACUUCGACGUUGUUGAAGACUCCACCUCCAUCUCGCUCAACACGGUAGACCUCGACAUCCACGAGACCAUCAUCGAGUCCGCUGGUGCUACCGUCAGCUCCACCCCCGCCCUCAGCUACAACAAGGACACCCAGACCACGACCGUCGCCUUCGACCAGACAAUUGCCGCGGGGCAGAAGAUCCGGUUGACACAGCGCUUCACUGGUACCCUCAACGAUGAAAUGGCCGGGUUUUACCGCUCCUCGUAUAAGGACGAGAACGGCAACGACAAGUACAUUGCUACGACCCAGAUGGAGGCCACCGAUGCCCGUCGUGCUUUCCCCUGCCUUGACGAGCCGGCCCUCAAGGCCACCUUCACGGUGACCCUGAUCGCAGACCACGACCUGAUCUGCUUGGGCAACAUGGAUGUUGCUUCGGAAAAGGACGUCGACUCCAAGAUGGCUGGGAAGAAGCGUAAGGCCAUCACCUACAAUAAGACCCCCAUCAUGUCCACCUACCUCCUCGCCUUUGUCAUUGGCGAUUUGCAAGUCUACGAAACGAACAACUUCCGCAUCCCCGUCCGAGUUUACUGCACUCCGGACCAGAACAUUGAACAUGCUGUUUUCUCGGCUGAGCUGGGUGCACGAACCCUCGAGUUCUACGAGACGCAGUUCGGUAGCCCAUACCCCCUCCCCAAAAUGGACAUGGUGGCAGUGCCCGACUUUGCUGCCGGAGCCAUGGAAAAUUGGGGCUUGAUCACUUACCGAGUUGUCGACCUCCUGUUGGACGAGAAGACAAGCAGUGCGACGACAAAGAAGCGCGUGGCCGAAGUUGUGCAGCACGAGCUGGCACACCAGUGGUUCGGCAACUUGGUCACGAUGGACUUCUGGGAUGGUCUCUGGCUGAAGGAGGGCUUCGCUACGUGGAUGUCGUGGUACUCCUCUAACGAAUUCUACCCUGAGUGGAGAGUAUGGGAUGGCUAUGUCAUUGACGACCUUCGAUCUGCGCUCGGCCUUGACUCGCUGCGCAGCUCCCACCCGAUCGAGGUGCCCGUCAAGCGCGCAGAUGAGAUCAACCAAAUCUUCGAUGCCAUAUCAUACGAGAAGGGCUCUUGCGUGCUCCGCAUGAUUUCCAAGCACCUCGGAGAGGAUGUCUUCCUUGAGGGUAUCCGACGGUACCUCAACAAGCAUGCCUACGGGAACACACAAACCUCCGACCUUUGGGCGGCUCUCAGCGAAGCCAGUGGAAAGGACGUUGAGCGAGUGGCAGACAUCUGGACCAAGAAGGUUGGCUUCCCUGUGGUAACCGUAACUGAAAACGAGGCGGACGGUACUAUCCACGUCAAGCAGAACCGCUUCCUUAGAACGGCCGAUGUCAAGCCAGAGGAGGACGAGGUCCUGUACCCCGUUUUCCUCAACCUCCGUACCAAGAACGGCCUUCAGGAUGAUCUUACUCUCGACACUCGCGAGGCCGAUUUCAAGGUGCCUGACUGUGACUUCUUCAAGAUCAACUCGGGACACUCCGGCAUUUACCGUACUUCGUACACCCCAGAGCGACUCCAGAAGCUUGGCCAGAACGCCAAGGCAGGCCUCCUUGGCGUUGAGGACCGAGCAGGCAUGGUUGCAGAUGCUGGUGCCCUCGCAGCUGCUGGUUAUCAAAAUACUUCCAGCCUGCUGUCUCUUCUCCAAGUCUUCGACACUGAGAAUGAGUACAUCGUAUGGGAUGAGCUGACCAUUCGCAUUGCUACCCUUCGGGACGCGUGGGUCUUCGAGGACGACAAGACUACGGCAGCCCUCAAGGCUUUCCAGCUUAAUCUGGUCAGCAAGAAGGCCAACGAGAUUGGCUGGGAGAUCUCGGACAAGGACGACCACAUGAUGCAGCGAUUCAAGGCGCUCAUGUUUGGCAAGGCCGCCCUCUCUGGUGAUGAGAACGCCAAGGCUGCCGCUUUUGAGAUGUUCGACAAGUUCAUCAAGGGCGACAGAGACGCACUCCAGCCCAACCUGCGAGGUAGUGUUUUCGCCGUUGUGUUGAUUUACGGAGGUGAAGCCGAGUACAACGCCGUCCUCAAUGAGUAUGUGACGGCCAAGCAGAGCAGCGAGCGUAACACAGCUCUUCGGUCUCUUGGUUUCGCCGAGGACCCAAAGCUCAUCCAGAGGUCGCUUGACUACGCUCUGAGCAAGGAGGUCAAAACCCAGGAUCUGUACAUGCCCAUUAGCGGACUACGAGCCCACAAGGCCGGUAUUAUCGCGCUCUGGAGCUGGGUCCAGGAGAACUGGGAUGUGAUCACUAAGAGACUCCCUCCCGGUAUGACGCUGUUGGGUGAUAUCGUUGCGAUGUCCACGAGCUCCUUCACGAAGGAGGAGCAAGUCGCCGAUGUGCGCCGCUUCUUCUCCGAGAAGGGCACCAAGGGAUUUGAUCUCGAACUCGCACAGAGUCUCGACACCAUCAAGGCGAAGCAAAACUGGCUGGCAAGGGAUAAGGAGGAUGUGCAACAAUGGCUCAUCGAAAACAAGUACCUGUAGAUGUACUUUGAUCUGGCAUGACAGUCGGGCGAGAAGAUGUGGAGUAAUAUGGUCUCUGGAUCUCAUCCGACCAAAGCAUUUGCCAUUGCUGAUGUAGCAUUCAGCUGAGACGAUGUAGAGUAAAGACGUGGACUCCAUUAUCUCACUAGACAAUCCAAAAAAGAAAGAGAAGAAUAUUUAUCA